AUGGCCCCCGCUGAGCUCCCGGCUAGUCUGGUCGCUGGUAAACCUCAUCCCACACUCAAUACUGCUGGCUAUGGAACAAGCUACCAACGAAAUACCCCGACUUCACCAGAAGACAGUCUGAUCCCCUUCGAGUCUCCAACGACUCGAACAGCAGGAAAUAGCCCCUUGACCCCAGACGACGCACGCACAGGGCGCUCACUGGAGCCAGAACAAGCGGGAUACCGAGAUCAAUCAAAUAUCCGUGAUCGAUCGCGCCCGAAUGGACGACCUCCUACCAAAUCACCUGCCUCCUCGAGAGUGUGCCAAAAAUGUAAUGAGCCUCUAACAGGCCAGUUUGUGAGAGCGCUAGGUGGAACUUUCCAUCUCGAGUGCUUCAAGUGCGAGGACUGCGGAGAGAUUGUUGCUUCCAAGUUUUUCCCCGUCGAUUCCGAAGAUGGGAGCUGUCAGUUCCCUCUUUGCGAAACCGAUUAUUUUCGACGAUUGAACCUCCUUUGCCACGAUUGUGGUGGCGCCUUGCGCGGUUCCUACAUCACAGCCUUAGAUCGAAAAUACCACAUCGAACACUUCACAUGCUCGGUAUGCCCAACUGUGUUUGGCGCUCAGGAUUCCUACUACGAACACGAGGGCAAGGUAUACUGCCACUUUCACUAUUCUACUCAGUUCGCUCAAAGAUGCCAUGGGUGUCAUACCGCGAUUUUGAAACAAUUUGUGGAAAUUUAUCGCAAUGGUCAAAAUCAGCACUGGCACCCUGAGUGUUAUAUGAUUCACAAAUUUUGGAACGUGCGCCUAUCUCCCGCCGGUCAGACUUGGGAGCCGCCCCCUGUGGAUGUGGAUGCCAGUCCAGAGGACCGUGAGCGCAUUCGUACAGAGGAAGACAUCAUGGAAGAGAAGGUCUACAAUAUCUGGAGCACUCUUUCUGCCUUUGAGGAAUCAUCCGCUGCUUGCAUUUCCGACAUGCUCUUGCAUGUUAGUAACGGGGCGUAUAUAGACGGUGUUCUCGUGGCUAAGCGGUUUAUUGGCCACGUUGAUAUCCUUUUCGCAGCCGUCGAUCAGUUGGCCGCAUUUAUCAAAUCACAGGGUGUCAAAGAAUUGUCAUACGGACGAGAGGCCAAACUCCUCUGCAAGAAGAUCGUGGCAUUCUUUGCACUUUUGUCCAAGACCCAGGAGACAGGCGUUCGGAAACUCGGUGUUACCCAGGAGCUCCUUUCUUUGGUGACGGGUCUGGCCCAUUACCUAAAGCUUCUUAUUCGCAUUGGCCUUCAAGGUGCCCUGAAGCUGGAACGUGAGAAAUCGGCACCAGUCGGUCUGCAUGAUUUCCUGACUCAUCUUGGUGACAUGGAAGGACUUGCUCCGCCGGAAGAUGACGAUGAGACCCCCAUCGAUUUGACUGCAGGUGUGGAGGGCUUGGCAGAUCAACUUUCAGAUUGCUGCAUCUCAUGCAAAGAGCCGAUUGACGACGAAUGUGUUAUUCUGGAGGAUAGGCGCUGGCAUCUUAAACCGUCUCACCUUUCUUGCUCUUCAUGUGAGAAGGACCUGAGCACAACUCUUUCAGAUGCACUCUGGCAUGAGAGCGAAAAGCGGACAUAUUGUUUGGAUUGUGUUCAUCAGCAAAACCUAGACUCAAGUGUUGUUCAUGGCUUUGCCCAGGUUUCAAAGCUACAGCAGUACGUGUUCCUGCUGAAGGUCGCACUAGCUCGUCUUUUGGCUGUGCUCCGUGCAGGAGGAUCUUUGCCUCACACGUCCGAUGAUCCCAAUCUCAACGAAUACCAGAAUAAGGAAGGCUACCGAGCCCAUGGUGGCGAUGGUCGCCGUCCCAAUACUCGCUCUAUGUCUUACAGUGGUGGUCGAGAGGGCCUGGAAGAGACCUCGCUUGAACAGACCGUUGGUGAGAUGCGCCGCCUGCGCUCGAUCCGCAAUGAACGCACCUUAUCCACCACCUAUAAGAAGGCGCGCGCAUCUCGAAUCAUUGAUGGCCCUGAAGGUCGGAGCGCCCGGCCUGGAUCUUCUGGCAAUGACGGCAGUGACCCCCGCGGUCCUGGUUUCCAAAUUGUUGAGGAAAGGGAUGCAAAUGGCGAGACUGUCAAGGAUCUGACCUUUGGAAAUCAAGAUGCUCUCACUUUGGAUGAUAUUCCACGUAUUGUUGCCGCCGAACAAGCCAAAGAACAGCGACCAAAUGCUUACAGACACGCGGGAACCAGACUUGUUGGUGCCCAGGAGCCAAUGCCUGUUUAUCGGCCUGGCCACCAACGUGGAGUGUCGGGUGCCGGUCUCGAAUACCUGAUGGAGCCUACAAUUCGUGCCAAGCGCUACUUUUCAGAACUCACUGCCCUGGAAUACUUCAUUGUCCGCCACGUUGCUGUUUUGUCCAUGGAGCCCUUGUUGGAAGGUCAGUUCAACAUGGAAGAGUUGCUUUCUCUCAUAGAGUCGAGGAAGCCCACCAUUUGGAACAUUUUUGGCCGUGCCUUCAAAGACAACAAGAAGGGUGGCAAGAAGAAGGGGGUUUUUGGUGUCUCCCUAGACUACUUGGUUGAGAAAGAGGGAACUGAGUCCAGCCAUGGUGUUGGUCCGGGUGCCUUGCGAAUUCCGGCCCUCGUUGAUGACGCUGUCUCCGCAAUGCGGCAGAUGGACAUGUCGGUCGAGGGUGUUUUCCGCAAGAACGGCAAUAUUAGGCGCCUCAAGGAUCUUGCAGAGCUCAUCGAUACCAAAUAUGAGCAGGUAGAUAUGACCAAAGAAGGCCCUGUCCAGAUUGCCGCUCUGCUGAAGAAGUUCCUUCGCGAGAUGCCGGAUCCUCUCAUGACUUUCAAGCUGCACCGUCUUUUCGUCGCAGCACAAAAACUACCCGAUAUUGAAAAACAGAAGCGAGUGCUACAUUUAGCGUGCUGUCUUCUACCCAAGGCCCAUCGUGAUACGAUGGAAGUCCUCUUCUCAUUCCUCAACUGGACAUCGUCUUUCUCACAUGUAGAUGAGGAAUCUGGAAGCAAAAUGGAUAUUCACAAUCUUGCAACCGUGAUGACCCCCAAUAUCCUGUACCCCAAUACCAAAACCAGUACUGUUGAUGAAAGCUUCUUGGCCAUCGAAGCAGUCAAUGCUCUCAUCACUUACAAUGACGCUAUGUGCGAGAUUCCGGAGGACUUGCAAUCCAUCCUCAGUGAUCCCACCCUUUUUAGAGAAAAUGCCGAGGUGACUACAAAGGAGAUCUUGAAGCGGUACGGUGAUAUCAGUCGCGGUAGCUUUUCGCAGCGAGCCGAAAACGGCGGUGAAACCUUCACAAUUACCAAUAAUAACAGAAGUGCCAAUGCCCCGACAUCUGCUCGCAUUGAGACCGAUCCUUCCCAGGAUACUGCUUGGCAGAUGCAAAGUUCUGUUCGCCACGUUCCUGGACCGAGUGGCCAAGGUCAUUCGCACUCCUCAAGUGUCACUCCCCAAGCUGGGUUGGAUUUCAUGCCUCCUCCCCCGCCUGCCGCUUAUCAUCGAGAGCGUAGCACUAGUAAUGAUAGUCAAGGUCAAGGAAACGCAGGAUCGUCCGACAGCCAAGGGCUGCCCUACCGACCUCGUCCCAGUCAAGGCGCUAUGGGAGUCACGGGGUAG